CCAUUGGAAUGGUCAUUAAAAUGACCAUUGAUUUAUACAAUACAAUUACCAUUAUGUUUAGUCGACAAUUUCAAUUCAUAAUUACCUUAUUAAUCUAUUUAUCUUAUAUUAAAGGAUUUACUAUACAUAAUGAAUAUCUUCAAAAUGAAAAUUUAUUGAACUUAUGUGGUCGUUGCAAUAGAACAAUUGCUAAGGUAAUAGAUGAUUUAUCGGAUUUGAAUUUCCAAUUGAAAUGGGAAAUGAAACUUGUCAAUGGAUGUAAAUAUACUGGCCCGCUUCGUGAUAAUUGUGCAUCAUUAUUCAGUUCAACAAUGAUUAAAAUUAUCAACAAAUUUAUAGUAAAUAUGAAACCUGAUAAAGUUUGUAAGAAUAUAUUUUUAUGUUCCAUAUAAGUUUCGUCAUGGUAUGACCAAUUGAAUCGGUUCUGUAUUUAUCGACAACCUUUGACCAUUUGGAUUUUCCUUUCAACAAAAUUUACUACUGAAAUAUAUAUAAAGUAGCAUAAAAUUAUGUGACUAAAAUAUGUGAUGCGUCUCAAUAAAAAUGUAUUUGAAUAUAAAAA